CAAGCUAAAGUUCCUAGUUCCGGUUUAGCUGACGGCUAAAUUAGUGGUUCAGAAUGUAGUUUGAAUUGUAACUAGUUAUGUUUCCAUUUCCAUUGAGCACUAUGGUCUGAAUCCCAGUGACAGUUAAACUGUAGUUUCUUGUUUAAAGAGCAUUGCUAUGUCUUUGAAGGGAAACUGUCAAAGGAUGCGAGUGUCCGACAACAGACGCACUCAGAUCUCGAGCUAGUUAGCAUAUCGUCGCAAUCAGCGCGAUAUUCAAAAACAAUUCAAUGCUUUUGACCCAUUUCAGACGUCAGGUUAAUGAUGUUUAGUCUUCAAUUAUGAUCAAGCCCACUUGUGUGAUGCGUAUGUCUAUUGUGUGUGUGAGUCUAUUGGGACGUUGACGCUGCAAAAGCAUGUCAACAAACAAUAAGUUACGUUUGUUUUGAGACGCUCAAGUUAACCUACCUGGCUUUCUUUCUUUAAUUGUUUUAUUUUUGAUGUACUUAUGAAACUACAGAUUAUGCUGCGAUGAUAUCAUUUUGAAGGUGACCGUUAAUUUAUUCUCACAGUGACAUUGGUCUAACAUUCACCUCCAGAGAUGGAUUGGAUGCUUGAAAAGUGUUUUAGUUGCAAUCACAGACUGCAUAUCCUGGGGGAAGGAGCUCCUAAUCACUUGAGAUUGAUUCAGAGCCUUGACUGCUACGAGGUCGUGAUUUAAUGAGUAGCUGGGGGACUCCUCUCUCAGCCACCAUGAGGUGAGAUGGCCUCUUCCCUCGGCCAGUCGGCACCCAUCUUCCCAAACCUGGAGCCUGGGAUGGGGAAGUCUGCAGCCAUGCUGGGGUUGUCUGCUGGGCUGGGGGGAGCCGAGAUGGAGCUGCAGAAGAUGCUAAUCGACGAGAGGAUGAAGUGUGAAAACCACAGGACCAACUACCAGACACUUAAGGCUGAACAUACCAGCUUGCAGGAUGAGUUCAGCCAGGCGCAGGGUGACCUGAAGCGUCUGCUGAGCGACAGACAGGCACAGCAGGAAAAGCUGCAGCUGCUGUUGGCGGAGCUCCGAGGAGAACUGCUGGACAAAACCAGGGAGCUGGAAGAGCUGCGAAUGCAGGUGAUGACCCCUCAGCGGCUGGAGUUGCUCAGAGCUCAGGUGCAACAGGAGAUGGAGGCUCCAGUUAGAGAGAGGUUCAAUAAACUGGAGGAGGAGACCGAGAAGUACCGGUCCGAGUACAACAAGCUGCGGUACGAGUUCACCUUCAUCAAGUCCCAGUUCGACCACCAGAGAGAAGAACAUGCUCAUGUGUUGGAGGACAGGAGGAUCCGCUAUGAAGCAGAGAUAUCUCGUCUGGAGGCGGACAGAGAGGAACUGGUGGCUCAGUACCAGGGUUCAGACCCAAUGCGUGAUGGGAAACGAGUGGAGGCCCUGCUGAGGGAGAAAGCCCAGCUCCACCUGAGGCUGAAGGGCCUGGAGGCGGAGUUGGCCGAGCUUCGCGCCCAGAAAGACAACUCGGGCCAGCAGGCCGAGAACGUCCAACGCAUCCAGAUCAGACAGCUAACGGAGUCUCAGGCUGCAGUGAAGUCGCUGGAGGCGGAGCGUCAGUCGUUGCGUCUACAGCUGGAGCGAAUGGAGAGCGAGCUUCAUCUGACACACGAGCAGAACAGCCAGCUCACCGGACGACUGAACAAAGCUGAGCGAGAGGUCAACUCUCUGACCUGUCAGAUUGACAGCCUGAAGCAUUCACAUAAACUGGAGGGGGCCAGCGUCAAACUGGAGUGUGCCCGCUCUAAAGGGGAGCUGGAGAGGGAGAGAGACUCACUGCAGGGGCAGAUAGACGGUCUGCAUGCGGACGUGGAGGUGUGGAAGGCUGCGGUAGAGCGACACAAGGAAGUCCUCGUGGAGAAAGAGAGGGAGAUGGUGAGGAAGGUGCAGUCUGCCCGCGAGGAGGAGUUCCGCACAACAGCAACUUUGCACGAGGAAAAGUUGGAGGUGGAGAACCGCCUCGCUUCCCUGGAACAGCAGAGGGCUCUGCAGGACGCUGCAGAUCACGCCCAGAAGGAGGAAUGGGAGGAGCGUCUUCGCAACGCUCAACAAGGAGAGGAGUCGGCCCGCAGGGAGCUGCAGAACCUGAGAAGCAAAGUGCAGCAGCAAAGCUCACAUCUUGAGGAGCUCGAGAGACAGAAAGCAGAGAUGGCUGACCUCCAGCAGCAGAACCAGGAACUGGGUGUGCAGCUGGGGACGCUGGCUCACUCCGAAAGUGACUUGAUGGAGAAAAACCAGCGACUGAGAGAAACUCUGGACAGAAUCAGAGAGGAUCUGCGGACGGCCCGAACCCAGGCAGAGAAGAGCCAACACGAGGCAGAGAGGCUGGUGGAGGAACACCGGGUUGAGUGGUUGGAGGAGAAACACAAGCUGCAGGAGCGAGACGCUGAGCUGCAGCAGAAAUACUCUCGGAACAAAGAGAAACUGCAGAGGGCAGCAGUGGCCCAGAAGAAGAGGAAAACGCUGACGGAGAACAAAGAGAAGAGACUGCAGGAUAAGAUUCAGUUGCGGGAGGCCAAGAUAGAAGAGCUGGAACUGGAAGCUGCUGCAGCAAAGAAACCAUCAUUCUCAGGGGAGCAGGCUCAACUUAACAGACGAUUGAAGGAGCUGCAGCGACGACACAACGAGUUUCGGCGUCUCCUAGUGGGCGGUCAGGGUACCUACAGCGCUGGCCCCGCCUUCCUGACCUCACCCACCCCCUUUCUUCUCCUCGGGUCUGAGGGGCCGUUAGCCAACAUACCAGAGGAGCAGCAUCAGAGGGAGCUGUGCCUACUCCGUCGGAGGCUGGAGGACCUGGAAAGCGCCCAGCAGCAGCAGCUGGAGGAACUGGGAUCUCUGGUGCAGAGGGACCCCACUUCCCAGCCUGACCUCUGACCUCUACACUACUUGACAUUAAGAGUGAGAUGAAGCACUUCUCAUUUCAGUUUGUGCUUCCUGACUUUGCGUCUUAGUCCCUCCCACCUGAGGAGAGUAAGGAAAGAGACAUUUAAAGUCCUGGUAAAGUAAAAUCUGAGAUUAGUUUCUUAAAGCCUGAACUAUAUCGUGAAUUGUGAAUAAUGCACAACGCCCCAUAUAGCUCUUAAAUUAAUCACCGUGACCUCGUGCUCUGCUAUAAACCUUCAGCAAAAGAACCGUUCAGCAUUGAGGUGACAUGUUGGGUAGUUACUGUGCAUUAAGUAAUAAAAAUCCACAAUUGGCUGUAGUUUCAGAGCAGAUUGUUGCUUAUCAUUUAACGAUUUAAAAGGUUGCAGUUAUUUAUUGUCAUUCUAAUUUACCUGGGUGGGUUUUCUGUGGUGUGACAAAUUCAGAACACAUUUUUGUUACUUUACCCGACUUCAAAGCAGUGAACCAGUAUGAAAAUGAAAUGUGACGCGCAGCAUUUUCUAUACAACUGUGCAACCUCGCUCCUCAAGAUGAGACUUCUUUCAAUGUGGCACGCUGAAUAGAUGAGAAGAGCUUCCAUGUGCAAGCAUUAGAAUAGCGUUUAUGUAUCUAAUGUUGUUUUUUUUAACUGCCCAUAACAUCCUCAGGGUUUUUGUAUUGCAAUGUUAAUGUUUACUUUGAAGCCACUGUGUGGGGAAAUGUUUUUAUACAGAGUUGUUAAAAGACAAAAGCUGUGAAUUGUACUUAUACAGUCUGUUGAUGUCAUUUAAAACAAGUGUCACUUUC